UCGCCCCUUAUCACCCGUUUUCCAUUCCUUUCUCUUUUACUUCAUCGAUCAUGAAAUUCUCUAUCGCUGCUGCCCUUCUCUCGGUCAUCUCGGCUGCUUGCGCUCAAGCUCCCGCCGCUCCCGCCGCACCUUCCGCUCCCGCUGCUCCUGCUGGUCCUGCUGUCGGUGUCGCCAGCGUUAUCGCUCCCGGCUAUGGUGCUGUGUGGAAUGCCGGCAAGUCUUGGGCUAUCACCUGGAACGUCAAUGACGCUUCCGUCGCCAACUUUGACUCGAUCGAAUUGAGAAACGGUGCUUCCUCCAACCUCCAGCUCAUCGCCAAGAUUGCCGACGCCGUCCCUGUCGCUUCCGGCAAGUACGACUGGAACAUCCCUACCGAUAUUGCUACUGAUAGCUCCUACGCUGUCAUCCUCCGCAGCGCCAAGGGCGACAGUUACUCACCUCAAUUCACCAUUUUGGGUGCUCCCCCUGGUACCAAGCCCAGCACCAACACCACCACUGGUUCGACCGGUAACUCCAACAACAACGCCACUGGUGCCCAACCUUCUGGUGGCAGCCCUGCUGCUUCCGGUUCCGGUUCUACUUCUUCGCCUUCCACUUCCUCUUCUGCCUCUGGUGAUGCUGCCAAGGAAAGCAACAAGGACAGUGGUGCCGCUGGUAUCAAGGCUGGCGUGAUGGGUGUCGUUGGUGCCGUCGGUGUCGCUGCUUUGUUGUUGUAGACAGGUUUCAUCAAUGCAAAGCCAGAAAAAAAAAUUCCACCCAAAUACGAAAUUCCAUGCAUUCCUUUCCCUCAGUAAUUCCAGAAAUAUAAUACUUGUUUAGAAUACUAAUCAUCGGUCAUGUUCCCACUUGUUUUUCCAAAAGAAAAGAAAAUAAUCGUUUAUUUUCGGGAUCAUGCUUAAUGUUUUUUCUGCUCACAUUUCCAAUCUGUAAAACUAUUUUUCCCCAUAAAAGUAAUCAACACCAUUGAAACAUUUCAAUUGCAUUUGC